AUGUGGUCUUUGGAUAAAUUAAAAGCAAAACUCGAAGCUAUUUCGAGCCUUGGAUAUAAUUUGGAUGAUAUUCAGUCUAAAACACUGACAGAUGCCGCUAUUUUAGUGCCAAUUAUCAUUAAAGAUGGCACCCCAUAUAUUCUUCUAACAGUUCGUUCAAUGAAUUUGACAAACUAUCCAGGUCAGGUGUCCUUUCCUGGUGGAAAACGAGACAAGGGGGACGUAAGUAUUGUUGCCACGGCUUUAAGAGAAACACAAGAAGAAAUUGGCAUGAGUUCUGAGCAUUUGAAAAUACUUGGCACAAGUUUACCUUACGUGACACAAACGAAUUUUCUCGUCACCCCUGUAGUUGCAGAAGUCUUGAAUUACAAGACUUUUAUUCCGAGAUUAAACCCUUUUGAAGUGUGUGAGAUUUUGACGGUACCUUUAGAGAUAUUUGUCUUAAAGAAAUAUCACAAAUGCAAGGAGUAUGCGUUCGGUAAAGACGGAGAAAUGAAAGCAAAUGUGGAUUUUUUUGAGUUUGGGGAAAGUAAUGACAGUGUCCAUAUCAUCUGGGGUUUAACAGCAUUAAUCGCGACGCAUAUUGCAAGUUUGCUGUUUGAGCGGACUUCAGAGUUCAAGUAUCAAGAUUGGUUGAUAAACACCAACAGGAAAAUUCAAAGAGACAAAAUAUAUGAUAAAUUAAUUUCCAGGAGUAAGCUAUAA